GCAGUGAAUCACCCAUCACCACUCCUCCCCGCUUCUGCCCCGACAGCGUCAUGCCUGUCGACAACUCUAGACGAACGACCCGCAAGCACUCUACUUACGACGACGAUAUUGACGCCAGACGCGCCCGGGGAGAGAUAUCCUGUGCUGAAUGUAGAAGAUUGAAGCUCAAAUGCGACAAAAAACUGCCAUGUAGCUCGUGCAUUCGCCGAGGCUGUCCAUCCAUCUGCCCUAAUGGAAGCCUAUCCACGGGCCAGGGGACCAGAUUCGUGCUUGCGGAUACAACCCAACUACAUAACAAAAUAUCAGAAAUGGGCCAACGUAUACGGCAACUGGAAGAUGCCCUGGCCAUAUUCCAAGCCGGCGUAUCCAACGAGUGUCAUGCACUAUUACGGGAAGAUCUUUUGGCGAUUAAGUUCGGCCCGGAGAAUGGUAAAGCACCUGAGAAGCGCUCCUCCGACCUAUCCGUCGAUGCUAUCGAUGCUCUGGGUACUCUCACAAUAGGCGACCAUGGCGAAGCUAAGUACUUCGGUCGCUCAGCUGGCUCGGAGACGUUGUUUUUGGCUGGUGCUGAUAUGGAGAUGACUUCCGUUGAAGACGACUAUCCGCCCAUUCCUUUGGAGGUUGCUCGACUUUCAAACUCUUUCCCGUUUACUGCUGACGGUGGUGUCAAUUGGGACAAGGCUCUGGAUACUCUCAUCGAUCAUUUGCCGGAAAGACCACGAGCUUGGGCCCUGUGUGAAACGUACCUCGAGCAUGCUUCUUGGUCUUUUCGACCGUUACAACGUGACGAAAUAGUUGACGACAUACUAACACCAGCAUACAAGUGUGCAAAGGAACGUAAGAAUGGCGCCGUGUCAGCUGCUCAAACAAUAUCAUCACAUAAACUCGCUGUUCUUUUCAUACUUUUCGCUAUUGGAUCCCUGGUUGACUUGACAUUGGAGCCGUAUAAUUACGAAUCCGAACACUACUAUCAUCUGAGCCGCGCUGCCCUGUCUUUACGCUCACUCUUCGAUUCUCCAGAGAUUGCCACAGUACAGGCUGUUGUCCUCAUAGCAUCUUUUCAUGGUAUGGGAGGCAAGCGAUACACAAUGGACAGCACGUGGAACAUCAUGUCUCUGGGCGCAAAACUGGCUCAAAGUUUAGGAUUACAUCGGGACAGUGCCCGAUGGAAAAUGGACGCUAAGACAGUGCAACGUCGCAGGUCUCUAUUCUAUGAAAUAUUUUGCGCAGAUUUAUUCCAUAGCAUUGCCCUCGGCCGGCCUCCCUCCAUUCGUUUAUCGUAUGUUGACUGUGAAUACCCGACAGAUGACGAGGCAUCCUUGGAUGAAAAUGGCCAAGUCAAAGUUGGAUAUUAUCAGUGGAAAUAUGAAUUCUGCAAGGAGAUAUUCUCGGAUAUUCUCGAGCUGACCCUUACCGCGGAGGCGCCAAGCUACCAAACUAUUCUUGAUUUAGAUCGCAAAGUACGAGAGAAGGUCUUACCACCACAUCUCAACGUUUUCAUGAAUCCAGAGGAUGAAAACUGUUCUCCUUCUGCAUUCAUGCACGGUUGUUUGUUGGGGCAAUACCGCACUGUCACUCUUUUGUACAUUCACCGCAGCUUUUUCGCUCAGGCGAUGCUUGAUCACCCCAUCAACCCUCUUCGGAGUCCCUAUGCACCUUCGUUCCUAGCUGCGUAUCGAUGUGCCUCUGGUGUAAUCAAGUCUAGUCUGAACUAUUACGAUCGUUUCCCGGAAUUGUGUUGUAGGUGGUGGGGUGUCUGGACUCAUCUGUUUUCAGCAGCGAUAAUAGUUGGCUCUAUAGUAACACGUUCUCCUUCCUCUAGCAUGGCAGCCAACGCCUUCAUUGAAUUGGGUCUUGCCUGUGAUCUAUUCGAGAAGGGUUCCCACCAUUCGCGUCGGGCGAGAAGCGGUAUUGGUAUCUUAUACUCACUCAAAAACAAGGCAUUCCAGAUAUACUCUCAGUUCCGUUCUGGAAAUCCCCCGCCACCUAGUGCUCCAGUAGGCUCAGAUUACGGAGACGACGAGUUAGCUUUGUUUGGCGGGCAAACGCGAAUACUCUUUAGCAAAAUUAUGUCUUCGAGGGGAGUGAACAGGAAGACGCCUUCAUCUUCAUCUUCACCUUCCAUCAGCUCUCCAAAUCCUCCAUCUGUCAAUCCUACAAAAGCAAUGUCUGCUUCUCGCGAAGCUCAUCAAAACGACAGUCAGGCGCCAAGUCCAUCUAAUAGCGUGCCAGAUGUGCAUCCAUCUUUAGUCGAGUAUCUAUCCCUUCUACCUCCUUCACAGCAUCCACGUCUGUCUCCGCCGCGGGAACCCCUCGCUUCACAAACUUCUGUAGAACAAGCAAAGACUCAAGUAACCUCUUCUAUGGCUUUUCCCUCUGGAUUCACACAGUCGCUUACUACCUCGGAUAAACAGUCUGGACAGUCCUCACCGUCGUCCAUAUAUCCGGUGUACAGUGUCCCGCCUCAGAUGAACGAAUCGACACCGUCGUCAUUUUAUCAUGAACUCGAUUCCUCUUUUUUGGCAUCCGACCUGUAUUCUUUGAAUAGUGCAAGGGACGCUAUGAUCGACGACGCUACCGUGAAGCUGGUGGAUCUUGGGAUGAUGAUGUCAGGAGAUUCAGGAAUAGAUGAGCAGUGGAAGUCUUUUAUGCGGGAUUCAGGACUGUUGGAGCAAGACCCAAGCGGGAGCCUCUAGUAGUACUCCGUCGAAUAUAUAUUAUUAUAGCAUUACAUUACUGGUAUCUAAUCGAAACAGCCUGUACAGUGACCAUUACCG